ACGUCGAUCCACCAACCCACCGCCACACGCGCUCCCGGCGCUUCACACUAGAUUCGCACACGUUUUGCGACUAUAAACAAUAUUAUACAACUGCUAUGAACCUAAACCGCGACAACCGGCUUGUGUUUAGUAAACUUCGGUGUUGUGACAAAGGUUGCUUUUACUUCAACUUGUGCUAUUGAAGAGAAGCAAAGCGGAAUAAAGGUGGACAACAAAUAAAUAUGGCAAUGAAAGAGUGGCUGCAAUGGUUGCCACCACCACGUUCUCUACUGGCGUUGUUGUUGGCUAUUGCUGGAUUCAGCGGCCGACUGUUCGCUUCCCACUUCACACACUCGCCGACGUUACUUGUCGACACCUGUCACUCGCUUUGUCGACUAGUAGGACUGGUGACCACACUGCUAGCGUAUAAGUAUGAAAGAGCUGACGAAGUCGCCGGAAGAGAGGGUCGUCUCCGUAACACAUUCGGUUGGGCGCGCAUCGAGGUGGUCGGCCGAUUGUCCGUACACGUGUUGUUUGCGUCCUUUGCACUGGCGCUGGUGGUCAACGCGCUUCAGCUUGGAGUUCACUCCUCGCAUGGACAGCCUCCACGGUACCCGAAGGUCAUAGUGGGCUGCGCAGUGAUAGGAUUGCUACUCUACGUCAUCAACUACAUGCUGCUCGCUGGCCGUGAACUCAGCUACAGCCGUCGGCUUAGCAUGACCGAAGGUGGAGGUGUUGUUUUGAAGACUGGAACAGGCGAGCCUAUACUUGCGCAUGCACCCAUAGAUAUCGCCAGUAGCCUGUUUGUUAUUGGAGCAGGCCUCACCUUGGAAUGGGAACCAGAAGCAGCUCGAAUCGCUGACCCUGCGCUUUCAGCACUCGCUGCUAUAGUACUCGUCAUCUUCAACUACCCUUUCAUGCGUUCGGCGGGCCUAGUACUUCUGCAGACUGUUCCCGAAGGUCUGGGCGCUUGUGAACUACGCGCGGCGGCUCUCCAGCUGCCCGGCGUGCUGGCGAUUCAUGAGCUCCAUGUGUGGCAACUGCAUCGUGACAAAGUCGUAGCUACAGCUCACGUCGCAUACGGCUCACAUAGGGAUUAUCAACAAAGUUCGGAAUUAGUGUGCAAUCUCUUCAAAAGUCACGGCAUUAAUCUAGUCACAUUACAACCGGAAUUCCCACCUAAUUCUAUUAUAGGUUCGGACGAGGAAAAGAAAGCUUACAUCGAGUUUGCAAACCAGGCGUGUGCAAGCCCUUGUGCUAAAGAGUGCACCGGGCGCCGCUGCUGUGACCCACUGUUAAGACCAACCGUUACACGAAUAUAGACGAAUUAUAACUAGAUAUUCCACCUCUAUGUGUUCUUCGCUUUGGAUACAAUAUCUGGCAUAAAACAGUUUGCGACUGACCUACCAAAAGCAGUCAAGAAGUCUGCACUCUGACUAAUUCACUGCGUGAUUUGGAUGUGUAUUACGUCCCAUAUCUUAUGUUCCCAUCAAUUUUAUAUUCCUAAAUCGUGUCGUAACUAUUUUCAUAACCGAGCUCUUGGCACAUCCCACGAUCUUCAAUGAUGAAAGGUUAUGGGAAGUGGCAAGAGCUCGACAAACAAAAGCGUGGCUCAAACAUUAUGAAUGAAUGGAUGAACCAUUUAACUUAGUUAUUAAUUCAUUAUAUUAUACCUAUAGAGAAAUAAGAUAAUUAAAACUUUAAGCAAGCAUAUCUAUAGAUUGGGAAUUAUUUGUGAUAUGAUUUAGAAUCGUAAACUAGAUGGGAUAGAUGGGAAAGAUAUUACGUGAAGCUCCCUUCUUUAAGAAUGCGGUAAGAUCGCGAACACCGUCCUUAUAAACAUUGGGGCAAGUUUUUUAUUUAUAGCGUUUAUUAUCAAAGAUUAAUGCAGCAUCUAUCAGUAGAUAUAGAUGCGUCCAAAGAUACUAGUCAGUGUCCAAAAAAUUCAACUGAUUUAACAAAAACGUUGAACGGACUGUGUUCGUGUACCGCUACAAACGGUUUUCUAAUCGAGCCUGAUAAUGACAAAGCCAGUAACAAGUGAAAGUGCAAUGAAUAGGCAUGGUUUACGUUGCCUCAUUAUGUCACUCCGGUGCACCUCACGUGGCUGAAGGUAGUGUGACAUGAAAACGAAUACAAUAUGACAUUGAUAGAGAUUCACUUUUGUAACUUCGGACAUAUUGUUGUCUUGACAACUGAUAUAUAAUCACCAGAGCAGUCAUAUGUACAGAUAUUCAGAAUGAAACCGGUUUAUACGAGUAUUUUUUCCUCUUAUUACUCCCUAUUAACACCAUAACUCCUGUUACCUUAAUCUCAAAAAUGAUAAUGUUUUAAGAAUAUUUGAAAGGCGAUGCAUAAUCUAUGCUUAGAUUAGAACAAAUGUUGUAUGGAAUAUAAAAUUUAAAAUAAUCUAUGUCACUUCUGGAUGUAAGUACAUAAAAGAGGGGUAUCGUAACCUCUAAAAUUGUAGGUACAUUGUACCUACAUUAAAAUUAAGAAUAGUCCAAUCAUCACAUGAGACUUUAAACGUGUGUUUUAAAUUUGACGCGGUCAUUAUUUAUACGUAUAAUUAGUAAAAAUCACGGGAUCUUACCACGUUUUAUAUUUAUUUACUGAGU